AUGGCUCCACAGGUGCCUGCGUCCCCCGACGUGGCUGCCGCGGCCGGCGCGUCGGCGCUGCUGAACGCGAUGCUCGUCGGAAAGAAAGUUCCUCUCGCGUCGUCUGUUGAUCGCGACAGCAAGGCGAAGGGCAAGCGAGAGACGCCCGACGAACUCGAGCAAGAAGUCGCGCUCCUCGUCUCCGCCAUCGCUCGACAGGCCUCAAAGGGCUACACGGGGGAGACGUGGUAUGACUUCGAUUUGCCGCUGGACCGAACGGACCCUAUCACGAUUAUUCACUUCAAUGACGUGUACAACAUCGAGUGCCGCACAGACGGCUCAGGCGGCGUCUCCCGCUUCGUGACUGCGUUGCAGCAGUACCAGCACCUCCAUCCUCUCAUUCUCUUCUCAGGCGACGUGUUCAACCCCUCGGUGAUGUCUACAUACACCCGGGGGCGGCACAUGAUUCCGUUUUUGAAUUUGCUCAAGAUUCACACGGCGUGUUUCGGCAACCACGACUUUGACUUUGGAAUCGACGAGCUGGAGUACGCGGUCGGCUCAUGCAACUUCCCUUGGCUGAUUUCGAAUGUCUUUGAGAAGACGGGUCAGGAGCGCACCAGUGCCUCGCUGACCUCGCUGCGGACGAUGCGCGACUUCGGGAAUCCCGCCGCCAGCCCCUCGGCCGAGGGCGAGGAGGCGAGCCAGACAAGGGACGGCCUCGACGGCGACGGCCCGAGUGGAGAUUUCGCUGAGGACUUCAUCGAAGUCCACGGCCUGCCGCUUGCGAACGGGAUGAAAUACCGUCUCUUCGAGUGGCAAGGCCUUCGUGUCGGCAUCAUCGGGCUCGUGGAGCGAGAGUGGCUCGAUACGCUCGCGUGCGUGGGGAAGGACGACGUGGUGUACGUGGACUUCGUGGAGGCCGCAAACUGCCUCUGUCGCAUUCUUCGGCAGAAGGAGUGCGAGUUGAUCAUUGCGUUGACGCACAUGCGCGCGCCGAACGAUGAGCGCCUCGCGAAAGAAGCGAUUGACAUCGACCUCAUUCUCGGCGGCCAUGACCAUGACUACUACGGGCUUCAGCGCAUCGGCAACAUCCCGGUGGUGAAGUCGGGGACGGAUUUUCGCGAAUUCACUGUUUUGACGAUUUAUCCUGGACGGGAGUCGCAGAGCGACGACGGCUCCACGUCGUCGGCUCGCUCGCCCUGUUCAGGCGCGGCGAAGGCCCUUGCGCACCGCUCCUCGCCCAAGGCGCACAAAGCGGCGGAGCCGGCCGCAGCAGCGGCGGGCGCGUCUCCGCCGCUGGUGUGCGAGGGCGUCGGGCUCCUGCGGGAGAAGACGGAGAAGAAGGACGACGAGCCCUGCGCGGCCGCCGGCAUGUGCAUCAAAAUCAGGAAGGCGGCCUCUGACAAUGAAAUGGCUAAGUCCCACGGCGCCGACGACGCAGACUCAACCUCCCCAUGCGUCGCCGAGUGCGCAGCGACUUCCGCCUCCGCUUCGUCCUCCUCUUCUUCGUCUUCUUCUUCGAUGGCUGCGCUGUCUGCCAGUCAGGUACGCUCGCCGCCGAGCGGCGCCUGCUCGCCCACCGGUGCGAGUAGCUGCGCGACUGCAGGCCGCGGCUCCCCGCUCUCUUCGCUCUCGGCGCCCUUCUCCCCAGAGAGUCCGCCCAGCACGCCGCGGUCGCCUCGCUCCAUGUCGCCUACCUUCGUCAGCGAAGAGGCGAGCCGGCGCGAGGCCAACGCUUCGCCCGACAGCUUCAACGGCCCCCUGCUGCCGACGGCUUUACAGGGAGGCGAAGAGGUGAUGCCUUUCUUCCUCGGCGGCUCGCUGGUGCGGUGGUCGCGCGUGUCGGUGGAUCCUGCGCGAUUCGAGAAGAAUAAACACGUCGAGCUGCUGGUGAAAAAGUAUGAACAGAAUCUGAAGAAGCAGAUGCGGAAGGUCCUCGUCGACGCGCGCUGCGACCUCGAGACGCGCUUCGCCGUUAUCCGAACCUCAGAGAGCAACGUCGGCAACUGGCUGUGCGACAUCAUGCGCAGAGAAUGCAAGGCAGACAUUGCCAUCCUCAACUCAGGCACGAUUCGGUCGGACUGCGUGUUUCAUCCUGGGCCGUUUCGCUUCGGGGACUUGGCGGAGAUGCUGCCGAUGGCUGACACGCUGUGCGUCAUCGCGGUGCCUGGCGCGAUGCUGCUGGACGUGCUGGAGAACAGCGUGUCGCAGCUGCCCAAGACCGAAGGGCGCUUCCUGCAGGUCGCCGGCCUGCGCUUCGCCUUCGACUCUUCGCGCGCCGUCGGCCGACGCCUGCUCCGCGACUCCGUGACCGUCGCGGCGGACGCUUGCGGCGACCUCCGCAGCGGGACCGCCACGCCGCUCCUCCCCGGCACCAGGCGCCAGGACGACUACCUGCCGCUAGACGAAACCCGAAUCUACAGCGUCGCCACAAAGACUUACGUGGCCGCCGGACGCGACGGGUACGACAUGCUCGCAACCUGCAAGGUGCUCGUUGAAGACGAACUGCUUCCGCCGCUGCCCACGAUGGUGCGCUCCGCGCUGACGAUGGCGGAGCUUGCGAACGGCCUGAAGCGGCCGCACUCGCGCAUCACCUUCCGCAAGCUCGCUACCUUCACGUCCAUGCAGCAGGAAGACAUGCUGAAAGACUUUGGGUGCUGCGUGACCUCCGAGCUCGGCUACGUCCUCGCCCCCCAAGUCGACGGCCGCAUUGUGGACGUCGCCAAAACAAAAAAAUAG